AUGGAAGUCAGAGAGGAAGGACAAAAAGACUGGAUAUCUGUUCGAUCUGAAAGAGUUUGUGUGGGCAUUUGGCCGAAACAGAGUGCGAAACGAAAGUUCCUGUGCGCAAGAUAUAAAGGACAACAGGAGGAGUCAAUACUGUUCCCCAUCACGGAGAAUUUCGAGACGCUUUGUCAUAUUGACAAUGAACAAGUCGGUAUUGAAGUAUGUGUGACCACGUCUGAUUCGUCGGUUGCCAUCCAUCUGUCGCCUUUCCAACAAGGAAUGGCACCGGUGUGUGUCAUGAACAGUCUCAAGGUACCUGUCACGUUUGGACAGAAAGGUCACGAAAUGAAGACGGUUAACAGCAAUGAAAUGAUGUACUUCACAUGGGCCAAUGUCACCAAGAACAAGGUCAUGGAGUUCAAAGUAGGAGAAUACACCGGAGAGGAUAAACUCGAACAAAAUCGCUUUGCUGACAUACAGCUGGACCCCAAUGUUAGGAGAUUCGCCUAUCUCGCCAACUUCCUCAUCGGAAGGCAACGAGUGCUGUUGUUCACCAAAGACUUGGACAUUGCCCGUUCUGCAUAUGGAUCGUGGGAAACUGAUACUGUUGAUAUGCAAGCUGAAGUGGCCCUUCAAGGAGUGGGACUGUCUAUUGUCGAUAACAGCGUCGGCAAGGAGUUACUGUACAUUGGAAUAUCUUCAUCGGUUAUCCUAUGGGAGGAAGAGGUGAAGAAAGGGCGAUUCAAACCAUUUGCAGUAAAGCUUAUGCACGCGUUGGAGGAAAAGUAUCAAGAACAUCUGCUUGAACCGAACAACGACUAUCAGCAAAUCGAUCAGUUCGAAGUCUCAUUCGGGUACAUGAUUAUGAAGAAGAAAAAGGGCAAAGAAGUGAAAAUUCGUCGAAUAUUCGAGAAAGGAAUCUGGGCAAACUAUGGAAAGAGCGCUGAACGAAUACGACUUCAUCUUAAAAUCAAUCAUAUGCAGGUUGACAAUCAGCUCGAGACAUGCGUUUUCCCGCGAGUACUAGCCAAUGUUCCACCUCCAAAGAGUGUUCUGGUCGACAAUGGCAGUCAGAAUUCUCAACAGUACCUGAAGUGGAAUAUGCUAGAGUUCUGGUGCAAGGAGUUCGCUGUACAAGUUGACCAGGGACUGAUAAAUGCCCUUUUGGCGUUGAUAGCCUCAGAAGUCAACAAGGAAGCUUACGGGAAGGAAAUGUUCGAAGCGGACAUGGCAACGGCUUUGGUUGGCUUGGAGGAUACCGCAAUGCAAAAUCGAUCACAUCAACCAAGAUCUUUCUACAAUGAUCUGCAUAUUUCGCCUCUCAUGGUAAUCCUAAUUUUGCCAAGAUCUCUUUUAUAG